GAGCGAUACACAGUCAAGUGGAACCUUUAAGUGACUCAUGGGUUCGACUAAAACACAGCAGAGACUGGUUAUACACAUCCUCCUACUCAUUUGUUGAGUCCGAUUUUGAUCUCUCAAGAUCCCUUGGAGUACAUACUUUGAUUGAAAAUGUUGUCAGCUUUGUAAGUGGAGAUGUAGGAAACUCACCAGGAUUUAAGGAGCCAGAGGAAAGUAUGUCCACCAGUCCACAAGCAUCAAUAAUUGCAAUGGAGCAGCAGCAGUUAAGGGCUGAGCUUCGUCUGGAAGCGCUUCAUCAGAUUUUAGUGCUUCUAUCAGGGAUGGAGGAAAAAGGGAGCGUGCCCUUAAUGGGAAGUCGUCAAGUACCAGGAUUUCAGUCUUCUUCAUUGCUUACUUCUGUUAGACUACAGUUUCUUGCUGGUUGCUUUGGUUUGGGCACUGUAGGACAUGCAGGCACCAAAGGAGAGAGCGUAAGAUUGCAUCACUACCAGGAUGGUAUCAGAGCAGCUAAGAGAAGUAUUCAAAUUGAAAUCCAGGUGGCUGUGCACAAAAUUUACCAACAAUUAUCUGCUACGUUAGAAAGAGCUCUGCAAGCUAAUAAGCAUCACAUAGAAGCACAACAGCGUCUUCUGUUGGUAACAGUCUUUGCUCUAAGCGUCCACUAUCAGCCUGUUGAUGUCUCCUUGGCCAUUUCCACUGGUCUGCUGAAUGUGCUGUCACAGUUGUGUGGCACAGACACCAUGCUAGGACAACCACUGCAGUUGCUGCCCAAAACUGGUAUUUCUCAGCUCAGCACAGCUUUGAAAGUAGCCAGUACAAGACUGCUUCAGAUCCUCGCUAUCACCACAGGAACCUAUGCUGACAAGCUGAGCCCCAAAGUGGUCCAGUCUUUGCUGGAUUUAUUAUGCAGUCAGCUGAAGAACUUGUUAUCACAAGCUGGUGUGAUGCUUAUGGCUUCUUUCGGAGAAGGGGAAGGUGAGGAAGAUGAAGGAGAUUCAAAAAAGGCAGAUUCCAGUGGGGAAAAUGAGAAGAGGGACUUCAGAGCUGCCCUCCGAAAGCAACAUGCAGCGGAAUUGCAUUUGGGAGACUUCCUUGUUUUUCUACGUAGAGUUGUGUCUUCAAAAGCAAUUCAGUCAAAAAUGGCAUCUCCAAAGUGGACAGAAGUACUUCUUAACAUUGCUUCUCAGAAGUGUUGCUCAGGAGUUCCCUUGGUUGGCAAUUUGAGGACUAGACUUCUUGCACUUCAUGUAUUAGAAGCUGUAUUACCUGCUUGUGAAUCUGGUGUUGAAGAUGAUCAAAUGGCUCAGGUUGUUGAACGGUUGUUCUCACUUCUGUCUGACUGCAUGUGGGAGACUCCAAUAGCUCAGGCUAAACAUGCAAUUCAAAUAAAGGAGAAAGAACAAGAAAUGAAGCUACAGAAGCAAGGGGAGUCAGAAGAUGAAGAUGAGAAUCUUCCCAUACAGGAAGUGUCCUUUGACCCUGAGAAAGCUCAGUGCUGCAUAGUAGAGAAUGGGCAGGUUCUAACGCAUGGAAGUGGAGGUAAAGGAUAUGGUUUAGCAUCCACUGGAGUUACUUCUGGGUGUUACCAGUGGAAGUUCUACAUUGUGAAGGAGAAUCGAGGCAAUGAAGGAACAUGUGUAGGAGUUUCUCGCUGGCCAGUACAUGAUUUUAACCAUCGCACUACCUCAGAUAUGUGGCUGUAUAGAGCCUAUAGUGGUAACCUUUAUCACAAUGGAGAACAAACUUUGACUCUGUCCAGCUUUACCCAAGGAGAUUUCAUCACAUGCGUAUUAGAUAUGGAAGCAAGAACUAUUUCCUUUGGUAAAAAUGGAGAGGAGCCAAAACUUGCGUUUGAAGAUGUGGAUGCAGCAGAGCUAUACCCUUGCGUUAUGUUCUACAGCAGUAAUCCAGGAGAGAAGGUGAAAAUCUGUGAUAUGCAGAUGCGUGGAACACCAAGAGAUUUGCUACCUGGUGACCCCAUCUGUAGUCCUGUUGCUGCAGUGCUGGCAGAAGCCACUAUCCAACUCAUUCGUAUCCUUCAUCGCACAGACCGGUGGACACACUGCAUCAAUAAAAAAAUGAUGGAAAGACUGAAUAAGAUCAAAACAUGUCUUAAAGAAGCAGGCCAAAAGCUGAAGAAGAGUCGCUCAAUUCAAAGUCGAGAAGAGAAUGAGGUGAGAGAGGAGAAGGAAAAUAAAGAGGAGGAGAAAAGCAAACAUAGUAGGCAUGGUCUGGCCGACCUUUCAGAACUGCAGCUGAAGAUGCUCUGUGUGGAAGUGUGGCCUGUUCUAGCAGUAAUUGGUGGAGUUGAUGCUGGUCUUCGAGUUGGAGGUCGGUGUGUACACAAGCAAACUGGACGUCAUGCCACCUUGCUUGGAGUGGUGAAGGAAGGCAGUACGUCUGCCAAGGUCCAGUGGGAUGAAGCAGAGAUUACUAUCAGCUUCCCAACUUUUUGGUCGCCUAGUGAUACUCCAUUGUAUAAUCUGGAGCCCUGUGAACCGCUGCCUUUUGAUGUUGCAAGAUUUCGUGGGCUGACAGCUACUGUCUUGCUGGACCUUACCUAUCUGACGGGUAUUCAUGAAGAUACAGGAAAGCAGAGCACCAAGAGACAUGAGAAAAAACACAGGCAUGAAUCGGAAGAUAAAGGGGAAAUGGACCAGAAAAUGGAGGGUGAUGCUGGAUCAGAUACUCGAUUAGGACAAAGUGCUGAUGACAACAAAGGACAUAGUGCUACGAGCUCUAAGUCGGAAAAUGAAAUUGCUUCUUUUUCCUUAGAACCAUCAACACUAGGUAUGGAAUCCCAACACCAACCUGCUGAGGGAAGAAAAAAGAAUCACGAACAUACUCCAAGAAAUCAUGAUAUAGUGCAGUCAGAAAUCAGAGCAGUGCAGCUAUCUUAUCUUUAUCUUGGUGCCAUGAAGUCGCUUAGCGUUCUUCUUAGUUGUAGUAAAUAUGCCGAGCUACUGUUAAUACCAAAAGUCCUGGCAGAAAAUGGUCACAACUCUGACUGUGCGAGUUCUCCAGUUGUUCAUGAAGAUGUUGAGAUGCGUGCUGCCCUGCAGUUCCUCAUGCGCCACAUGGUGAAACGGGCAGUCAUGCGCUCACCGAUAAAGAGAGCUCUAGGACUGGCAGAUCUGGAACGAGCACAAGCCAUGAUCUACAAGUUAGUGGUUCACGGGCUGCUGGAGGAUCAGUUUGGUGGCAGAGUCAAACCAGAAGUAGAUCAACAGGUAGAAGAAGGUGAUCAGUCUCAGCAAGCCCAAACACCAGUUACAACCAGCCCUUCUGCUUCUAGCACGACAUCUUUCAUGAGCAGCUCUCUGGAGGAUACUACCACUGCUACUACUCCAGUAACUGAUACUGAAACAGUUCCAGCUUCAGAAUCACCUGGUGUUAUGCCUCUCAGUCUUCUUAGGCAAAUGUUCUCCAGUUACCCUACUACAACUGUACUUCCAGCACGACGUGCUCAGACUCCUCCAAUAUCAUCUUUACCAACAUCUCCUUCAGAUGAAGUUGGAAGGAGACAAAGUCUGACUUCUCCUGAUUCCCAAUCUGCGAGGCCUGCCAAUCGUACAGCUUUGUCUGAUCCAAGCAGCCGACUUUCGACAUCCCCUCCUCCUCCUGCUAUUGCUGUUCCACUGUUAGAAAUGGGGUUCUCCCUCAGGCAAAUAGCAAAAGCCAUGGAAGCUACAGGUGCCAGAGGAGAAGCAGAUGCGCAGAAUAUCACAGUGCUGGCCAUGUGGAUGAUAGAGCACCCUGGAAAUGAAGAUGAUGAAGAGCCCCAGUCUGAAGGGACUGCAGAUUCACGACAUGGAGCUAUAGUCUCUGGAAGCAGUGGAAAAUGUAGUGAUCAUUGUUAUUUGCAGUCACCAGGUGAUAUACCUUCUGCUGAUGCUGCUGAAAUGGAGGAAGGCUUUAGUGAAAGCCCCGAUAAUAUGGAUCAUGUGGAUAAUGCAGCUUCUGCAAGUGGACCUCCUCCUAGGAGUCGGUCAGCUGUAACAAGAAGACACAAAUUUGAUCUAGCUGCGCGAACAUUGCUAGCACGGGCUGCGGGAUUGUACCGCUCUGUACAGGCCCACAGGAACCAGAGUCGAAGAGAAGGGAUAUCUUUGCAGCAAGAUCCAGGGGCACUUUAUGACUUCAACUUGGAUGAGGAGCUGGAAAUUGACCUUGAUGAUGAAGCAAUGGAAGCCAUGUUUGGGCAAGACCUGGCUAGUGAUAAUGAUAUUCUGGGAAUGUGGAUCCCAGAGGUAUUGGAUUGGCCUACCUGGCAUGUUUGUGAAUCUGAAGACCGAGAAGAAGUAGUGGUUUGUGAACUGUGUGAAUCCAGCGUGGUUGGCUUCAAUCAGCACAUGAAGAGAAACCACCCAGGCUGUGGGCGCAGCGCGAACCGGCAGGGCUAUCGCAGCAAUGGUUCUUAUGUGGAUGGGUGGUUUGGUGGUGAAUGUGGAAGUGGGAAUCCUUACUACUUACUGUGCGGCAUCUGCAGAGAGAAAUACUUAGCCCUGAAGAGUAAAUCCAAAGCAUCAACUUCUGAAAGGUACAAAGGCCAGGCUCCUGAUUUAAUAGGUAAACAAGACAGUGUUUAUGAAGAAGACUGGGAUAUGCUAGAUGUAGACGAAGAUGAAAAGCUAACAGGAGAAGAGGAGUUUGAAUUACUGGCAGGACCUCUUGGAUUAAAUGAUCGACGUAUUGUACCUGAACCUGUACAGUUCCCUGACAGCGACCCUCUGGGUGCUUCAGUUGCAAUGGUGACAGCCACCAACAGUAUGGAAGAAACAUUGAUGCAAAUAGGUUGUCAUGGCUCUAUAGAAAAAAGUUCUUCUGGCAGGAUUACCUUAGGAGAACAAGCAGCUGCCCUGGUAAAUCCACAUGACCGUGUUAUGGCUCUAAGAAGAGUGACAGCUGCUGCCCAAGUCCUUCUUGCAAGAACUAUGGUUAUGAGAGCACUCUCGCUUUUGUCUGUCAGUGGUUCCAGCUGUAGCCUGGCAGCUGGUCUCGAGUCCUUGGGGUUAACAGAUAUCAGGACGCUGGUUCGUUUGAUGUGCCUGGCUGCAGCAGGCAGAGCAGGCCUCUCCACGAGUCCAGCCACUGCGGCCACUUCAGCAGAGCGAUCCAGGGGAAUACACAGCAAAACAAGCAAGCCUAUAUCUUGUCUUGCCUAUCUGAGUACAGCAGUAGGCUGUUUGGCAUCGAACACUCCUAGUGCUGCAAAACUGCUGGUACAGUUAUGUACACAGAAUUUGAUUUCUGCAGCCACUGGUGUGAACUUGACAACAGUUGAUGAUCCAAUUCAGAGAAAAUUUUUGCCAAGUUUUUUAAGAGGAAUUGCAGAAGAGAACAAACUGGUCACAUCACCGAAUUUUGUGGUUACUCAGGCACUUGUAGCAUUGUUGGCAGACAAAGGGGCCAAACUGAGGCCAAACUAUGAUAAAGCAGAAAUUGAAAAGAAAGGCCCUCUGGAGCUGGCUAAUGCACUAGCAGCUUGCUGCCUCUCUUCAAGGUUAUCUUCACAACAUAGGCAGUGGGCUGCACAGCAGCUGGUGAGAACUCUUGCAGCACACGAUCGAGAUAAUCAAACUAUUCCCCAAACCCUCGCUGAUAUGGGGGGAGACUUACGAAAAUGUUCCUUCAUAAAAUUAGAGGCUCAUCAGAACAGGGUCAUGACAUGUGUUUGGUGCAGUAAAAAGGGACUUUUGGCAACUAGUGGAAACGAUGGCACCAUAAGAGUGUGGAAUGUUACAAAGAAGCAGUAUUCAUUGCAGCAAACGUGUGUGCUCAACAAGCUAGAAGGUGAUUCAGAAGAAAGUCUGGGGUCACCCAGUGACCUUAGUUUAUCUCUUGUCUGUUGGAGCAUUAGUGGCAAGUAUCUGGCUGGAGCUACAGAAAAGAUGGUGAACAUCUGGCAAGUCAAUGGAGGAAAAGGAUUACUAGAUCUUCAGCCUCACUGGGUAUCUGCUCUAGCUUGGCCAGAAGAAGGGCCAGCUGCAACAUGGACAGGUGAUGCUCCAGAAUUAUUAUUAAUUGGUCGUAUGGAUGGAUCUCUUGGUCUUAUUGAAGUUGUAGAUAUUUCAGCCAUGCACCGGCUAGAACUGGAACACUGCUACAGAAAGGAUGUGUCUGUCACAUGCCUUGCCUGGUUCAGUGAAGACAGACCAUUUGCAGUUGGCUAUUCAGAUGGAAAAUUGCUAAUAGGAACAAAGGAGCCACUUGAAAAAGGAGGAAUCGUUCUAGUUGAUGCACAUAAGGAUAUGAUUGUUAGUAUGAAGUGGGAUCCAACUGGUAAGAUUCUUCUGACGUGUGCCAAAGAAGAAAUGGUGAAACUCUGGGGAUACAUGGGAGGAUGUUGGAGACGCUUGCAUUCGCUGUCCCAUCCAGCCCUUGUGAAUGGCAUUGCCUGGUGUGCUCUUCCAGGGAAAGGACCCAAGUUGCAACUUUUACUAGCUACAGGAUGCCACAAUGGCUUGGUGUGUGUCUGGACUGUUCCCCAGGAGAUAGUAAUCACACUGCAGUCCAGCUCAACUUGCUCAGAAGGAUGGGAGGAGAAGAAUGCAAGCAAGGGUGGCUACAUGAAAGCAGUAGAAGUCAAGUGUGUAUUUCAACUGAGAGGACAUAUUACUCCUGUUCGAACUGUUGCAUUCAGUCCUGAUGGACUGGCAUUGGUCUCUGGUGGACUUGGUGGGCUCAUGAAUAUUUGGUCUUUACGGGAUGGUUCAGUAUUACAGAGUGUUGUGAUAGGUUCUGGAGCUAUUCAGACUGCAGUAUGGAUACCUGAAGUUGGAGUAGCUGCUUGCUCUAACAGAUCAAAGGAUGUGCUGGUAGUGAACUGUACAUCAGAGUGGAUAUCUUCCAAUCACGUCCUUGCGACAUGUAGGACCGCACUGAAACAGCAAGGAGUUCUAGGAUUAAAUAUGGCUCCAUGCAUGCGAGCUUUCCUGGAACGUUUGCCAAUAAUGCUUCAGGAGCAGUAUGCUUAUGAAAAGCCCCAUGUGGUUUGUGGAGACCAGCUUGUUCAUAGUCCUUACAUGCAGUGCUUGGCAUCACUUGCUGUGGGCCUUCACCUGGAUCAGCUCUUGUGCAACCCCCCAGUACCACCUCAUCACCAGAGCUGCCUCCCUGAUCCUGCAGCCUGGAACCCCACAGAAUGGGCAUGGCUGGAGUGUUUCUCUACUACUAUCAAAGCUGCUGAAGCUCUGGCCAAGGGAGCACAGUUCCCAGAAUCCUUCACUGUUCCAGACCUGGAACCUGUUCCGGAGGAUGAGCUUACUCUCCUAAUGGAUAACAGUAAAUGGAUCAAUGGUAUGGAUGAACAGAUAAUGUCUUGGGCAACAUCGAGGCCAGAGGAUUGGCACCUGGGAGGUAAAUGUGAUGUGUAUCUGUGGGGAGCAGGAAGACACGGACAGUUAGCAGAAGCUGGUAGAAAUGUCAUGAUCCCAGUAGCAGCACCUUCAUUCUCUCAGGCUCAGCAGGUUGUUUGUGGUCAGAAUUGUACUUUUGUCAUUCAAGCUAAUGGCACAGUGUUGGCUUGUGGAGAAGGGAGCUACGGGCGGCUGGGACAAGGGAAUUCUGAUGAUCUUCAUGUGUUAACAGUCAUUUCAGCACUGCAAGGCUUUGUUGUAACACAGCUGGUGACCUCCUGUGGAUCUGAUGGACAUUCCAUGGCUUUAACAGAAAGUGGGGAGGUCUUUAGCUGGGGAGAUGGAGAUUAUGGCAAACUGGGCCAUGGGAACAGUGACAGACAGCGCAGGCCCAGACAAAUUGAGGCUCUGCAAGGAGAAGAAGUGGUGCAGAUGUCAUGUGGCUUCAAGCACUCAGCUGUGGUGACAGCAGACGGCAAACUUUUUACGUUUGGAAAUGGUGAUUAUGGUCGAUUAGGACUUGGGAAUACUUCCAACAAGAAACUUCCAGAAAGAGUGACGGCGCUGGAAGGUUACCAGAUUGGACAGGUGGCCUGUGGACUCAAUCAUACUGUAGCUGUGUCAACAGAUGGCUCAAUGGUUUGGGCUUUUGGAGAUGGAGAUUAUGGUAAACUUGGUUUGGGGAAUUCCACUGCCAAGUCCUCGCCACAGAAAGUGGAUAUUCUUUGUGGAAUUGGAAUUAAAAAAGUUGCCUGUGGAACCCAGUUCUCUGUUGCACUGACAAAAGAUGGGCAUGUAUAUACUUUCGGACAAGAUCGCCUAAUAGGUUUGCCAGAAGGUCGCGCUCGAAAUCACAACAGACCCCAACAAGUUCCCGUACUGUCAGGAAUCUUCAUUGAAGACAUAGCUGUAGGAGCAGAGCAUACUCUGGCCCUGUCAUCUACAGGGGAUGUGUAUGCUUGGGGUAGCAACUCUGAAGGGCAGCUUGGACUGGGCCAUACCAACCAUGUCAGAGAACCAACCCUCAUAACAGUCCUGCAAGGGAAGAACGUUCGACAGAUUUCACCAGGACGUUGCCACAGCGCUGCCUGGACAGCUCCGCCAGUUCCGCCAAGAGCACCAGGUGUUUCAGUGCCUUUACAACUUGGUUUACCUGAUGCCAUUCCACCACAGUAUGGGGCACUGAAAGAAGUGAGCAUUCAUACAGUAAGAGCAAGGCUCAGACUGCUGUACCAUUUCUCUGACCUCAUGUACUCUUCAUGGAGAUUACUUAACCUCAGUCCCAAUAACCAGAACAGUACAUCUCAUUACAAUGCUGGAACGUGGGGAAUAGUUCAAGGACAGCUAAGGCCCUUACUGGCACCACGCGUUUAUACGCUCCCCAUGGUGCGCUCCAUAGGAAAAACUAUGGUUCAGGGCAAAAACUAUGGGCCACAGAUUACUGUGAAAAGGAUAUCAACCAGAGGUCGGAAAUGCAAGCCCAUUUUUGUACAGAUAGCAAGGCAAGUGGUAAAGCUGAAUGCAUCAGACCUUCGCCUACCUUCCCGUGCCUGGAAAGUGAAACUGGUUGGAGAAGGAGCUGAUGAUGCAGGUGGAGUGUUUGAUGACACUAUUACAGAAAUGUGUCAGGAACUGGAAACUGGAAUAGUAGACCUGCUUAUUCCUUCCCCAAAUGCUACAGCUGAAGUAGGCUACAAUAGAGACAGGUUUCUCUUUAACCCUUCAGCAUGUUUAGAUGAACAUCUGAUGCAGUUUAAGUUCUUGGGCAUUCUCAUGGGUGUAGCUAUUCGUACAAAAAAGCCAUUAGAUCUUCAUUUGGCUCCAAUGGUCUGGAAGCAACUUUGUUGUAUCCCACUCAUCUUGGAGGAUUUGGAGGAGGUAGAUCUGCUCUAUGUGCAGACCCUCAACAGCAUUCUUCACAUUGAAGACAGUGGGAUUACUGAAGAAAAUUUCCAUGAGAUGAUUCCUUUAGAUUCUUUUGUUGGCCAAAGUGCUGAUGGAAAAAUGGUUCCCAUAAUCCCCGGAGGGAACAGUAUCCCACUUACCUUUUCAAACAGGAAAGAAUAUGUGGAGAGGGCAAUUGAGUACAGACUCCAUGAAAUGGACCGUCAGGUGGCUGCUGUAAGAGAAGGAAUGUCUUGGAUUGUUCCAGUUCCUUUGUUGUCUCUUCUGACCGCCAAGCAGUUGGAGCAAAUGGUCUGUGGAAUGCCAGAAAUAUCAGUUGAAGUUCUGAAGAAAGUUGUGCGCUACCGAGAAGUCGAUGAGCAGCAUCAGCUAGUUCAGUGGUUCUGGCACACUCUUGAAGAGUUUUCAAAUGAGGAGAGAGUCCUUUUUAUGAGGUUUGUGUCAGGAAGAUCUCGAUUGCCAGCCAACACAGCUGAUAUAUCUCAGCGGUUCCAAAUAAUGAAGGUUGAUAGGCCUUACGACAGCUUGCCUACCUCACAGACUUGUUUCUUUCAACUGAGGCUCCCACCUUACUCCAGUCAACUAAUCAUGGCAGAGCGUUUGCGCUAUGCAAUCAAUAAUUGCAGGUCUAUAGAUAUGGACAAUUAUAUGCUCUCACGGAAUGUGGACAAUGCAGAGGGCUCAGACACAGAUUAUUGACAUUCUGUGAACAAAAUCAUCUUCCUUUUACUACAAAUAGUGCCCUAAGUCCAAUUCAUUGUUGACAUAAUUUUACAGUAACCAUAGAUGUUUUAGGAGCAUAAAACCAGAUGUUAAUAGACAGUGGCCACAUUUUAGUUACUCUAAAUGUAACAAAAAUGUAGAUGUUUUUAUUUUUUUGUGAUUGUAAAAAAGGAAAAAAGGAAAAAGAAAAAAAGGAUGAUGGGUAAGUUUUUUUUUCUCCUUUUUUGGUCACUUUUGAUAAGUUUGCAUGGAGACAUUUUGGUGCAUUUUUGUUGGGAAUAGUACAUUUGUAAGCCCUCCCAGUGAACAUGAAGAGUUGUACAUUGUGUAUAAUUGUUCAUUAGCAAGGACAGUUUUACAUGAAUAUUCACAUAUUUAUUUUGUUUUAAUUUGAAUUGCCUGUGCAGGGUUCCUUACGCAGAGAAAAAUAAAGCAAAUUGAAGAAU